CGUGAUUAGCCUGACAAAUACAUUGACCAGUACACAGACAAAGACAGCAGGUAAAGGAACUGCUGAAAAAAAAUGAGGAACUCCACAGAGAAACAGAAUGUGGAAGGAGUUUCUUUUAAACAGAUAAGAGAUAGUGCUUCAGUCAUGAGUGCCUUUCCUGAAGGUCCUCCGGUUCUAGAUUACAGGGAACCAGAACCUCCUCCUAAGAAACACAAGUACCAGCAAAGCUUGAAAACCCUCAUCCCAUUCCGGGUCGGCUCACACUCACAUCCAGUCGAUGAUGCUGGUUUCUUCUCCUUCACAUCAUUUGCAUGGAUGUCACCCAUGAUGUGGAAGCUCUUUAGGAAACGGUUAGAUGAGGACUCACUUUAUCUCUCACUUCAUGAUGGAGCCCACAUCAAUGGAGAAAGGUUCCAAAGACUUUGGGACGAGGAAGUCGCCCAUGUGGGUCUAGAGAAGGCAUCUCUUCCUGCAGUGGUCAUGCGUUUCCAGAAGACAAGAUUUAUAGUGUCAUUCUUCGUCUCUGUCCUGUUUGCUUUCGGAGCAUUUGUUGGUCCGUCUAUUUUAGUGCAUGAAAUCCUGAGCUACAUUGAGCAGCCUGAGUCAUCUACACUGCUGCAUGGCAUCGGUUUGUGUGUGGCCCUGUUCUUGAGUGAAUUUAGCAAGGCAUUUUUUUCAUCGCUCCUGUGGGCUGUGAAUUUGCGUACCGCUGUGAGAAUGAAGGGAGCUUUCUCAAUGCUCGCUUUCAAGAAAAUCAUCUCUCUCAGGAGUCUAACCAGCAUUAGUAUAGGAGAGACGAUAAACGUGUUGACGAGUGAUGGCUAUCGGAUGUUUGAAGCAAUCAUGUUUGGAACGUUUCUGCUGUGUGUUCCGUUCCUGCUGAUCAUAUGUAUUAUAUAUGCCUGCGUCAUUCUGGGAUACACAGCGCUUAUUGGAAUUCUGGUCUACUUGAUCUUCCUACAAAUACAGUUCUCAAUUGCCAGACUGAUUGGUGUGUUUAGAAGACGGGCUGUAUCUGUGACAGACAGACGUGUUCGCACUAUGAAUGAGGUUCUGACCUGCAUCAAACUCAUUAAGAUGUAUGCGUGGGAGGAGUCUUUUGAGAAAACAGUCACAGUUUACGCUAACCAUCUUAUUGCUUCUCCACAGGCCUACACUAUCAUUGCUGUAUUUAACUGCAUGAGGAUGUCUAUGGGCUUGUUGCCAUUCUCUGUUAAAGCGGCGGCUGAGGGUAAAGUGGCUCUCACUAGACUCAAGAAGCUUAUGUUGGUACAGAACCCCAAAGGUUAUCUCACACAGGAUAAGAAUAUGGACUUGGCGCUGGCCAUGGAAAAGGCCACCUUCUCCUGGAGCCUGCCAGAUACCAUGAACGCCACUGAGAAGCCUCAAGAUCCCUCUGAAAGUGGCACACACCAAUCAGACUUCAAACCUUCUCUCAGAAACAUCAGCUUCACUCUUUCAAAGGGAAGUCUGCUUGGGGUGUGUGGCAAUGUUGGAAGUGGAAAAACAUCUCUGAUUUCAAGUAUUCUUGAGCAGAUGCAUCUUCGGAGUGGGUCUGUAUCAGCUAAUGGAACAUUAGCAUAUGUGUCCCAGCAAGCCUGGAUAUUCCACGGGACUGUAAGGGACAAUAUCCUCAUGGGAGAACCAUUUGACCAAACCAGAUCCUUGGCAGGGAUCUGCAUAGUGUUCCCAUACCUCCUGAUUGCCGUGGCAGUUCUCGCAGUCAUCUUUGCCACAAUCCUAUAUGUUUUCCAAAGGAGCAUUCGUCAGAUGAAGAGGAUGGAGAACAUGAGUCGUUCUCCCUGGAUCUCUCUCACCACCUCUACCAUACAGGGACUCAGCACCAUCCAUGCCUAUGACAAAAGAAAGCAGUACAUUGAACAGUUUAAAAUGCUGAGUGACACCAACUCAAACCACUUCAUGCUGUUUAAUUGUGGGACUCGCUGGCUGUCAUUUUGGUUAGACUUCCUGUCAGCUACUGUUACUCUAAUAGUGGCACUUUUUGUAGUGCUCAGCUCCAAUGAGGCCAUAAACGCUUCUCUGAAGGGCCUGGCCUUAUCUUACACAAUACAGUUGACUGGGAUCCUUCAGUUUGUGGUGAGAUUGUCCACCGAGGUGGAGGCAAAGUUUACCAGUGUUGAGAGACUGCUUGAGUAUAUUACGAGUUGUGUAUCAGAGGGUCCACGAAGUGUCAAGGGCACGCAUAUUACCGCCAGCUGGCCACAGGAGGGCGCCAUUACCUUUAAAAACUACAGUAUGAGAUACAGGGACAACACGCCCAUAGUCCUCAAUAAUCUCCACAUAAAUAUUAAGCCAGGGGAAAAAGUCGGCAUUGUGGGACGCACUGGCUCUGGGAAGUCCUCUCUGGGUGUAGCAUUGUUCCGUUUGGCAGAGCUGGCUGAGGGCACUAUAUUUAUAGAUGAUGUGGAAAUCUGCAAGCUGGGGUUGAGAGAUCUUCGCAGCCAACUCUCUGUCAUACCGCAGGAUCCUGUACUCUUCAUCGGCACUGUCAGGUAUAACCUGGACCCCUUUAACAACUACAAAGAUGAGGAGCUCUGGCUGGCUUUAGAAAAGAACUACAUGAAGGACACGAUUGCUAAACUGCCAGAGAAGUUGCACUCUCCAGUAGUGGAGAAUGGAGAGAAUUUCUUGGUCGGAGAGCGGCAGCUCAUGUGUAUGGCCAGAGCGCUGCUUCGCAAUUCAAGAAUCAUUCUGUUGGACGAGGCAACAGCGUCUAUAGACUCCGAGACUGACAGCAUGAUCCAGCACACCAUCAGAGAUGGUUUCCAGCACUGCACUAUGCUCACAAUCGCCCACAGAAUCAACACGGUUUUGGAGAGUGACCGCAUAUUCGUCAUGGACCAGGGCAAGGUGGUUGAGUUUGAUCCACCACAGGACCUGGUACAGAGGCCGAACUCUUUAUUUGCAUCACUUCUAGCAGCAGCUAAUCAAGUGAACUCAUGAAGCACUCAGAAACAUUUACAUACUCAUAUAGACCUGCACACUGCUGCAAAAUUUAACAGCAGAGUGUGCGCCAGAGCAUACAAAAUGGGGGGCAUUUGAUUUUCUAAAGGGGGGGGGGUGGGGUAACCUUUGGUUUUAUUUCACCAUAAGACUGUACAUUUAAAUUAUGCUUGAAGAAUGUUCUAGUUGAGUCAGUGUGUGUUUUUCUCACCUUGGACACUGAGUGUCUCUCUCCUCCUCCAUGGUUGCAUCAGUGGAGACACUAACUGAUGAAAUGUGUUGAAAUUUCAGCAUCAGCGUGCAUCUCAGACUGAUGAGGGAUUGAGGGAAUUAUUUUAACUCAGUGAAGAGACAGCGUGAAAGACAUUAAUCAGAUAUCACUGACUUUUUAUUGCUUGUGUCCAAUAUUCUUCAGCACAAUUUCUGCAGUGACGCUCAUGCGCCCAUAUGACGCAUCAUUUAAAACACUUUCUUUUAGAGACAUUUUUGUAUUUUAAGUCAAAUUUGUUUAUAUUUUGCGCAAUUAUGAGCUGUGCACCAUCAACACUUAUUUAGGUCAAUACCUUUUAACACACACACACACACACACACAAAGUUUUGUUUGAGUACACCAAGUUACCAUUGACACUUAUUGUUUUUGAUUGUAAUGUCGUCCUGUUCUGUCAGUCUGUCAUCAGGUGAGAUGGUGAACCAACCCCCUUGACUUCCUGUCAAAGACUUUCCCGUCAUUUGUGUUUAACUACAGCAUUAGUCAUGAUUUACACUUUAGCCGCAGAUUUACUCACCAAUGAACAAAUUGUACUCUAAAACAUGGGAACAUGCACACCAACACAAAGUGUCGUUGACUGCCAGUAUCGUAUGAGUCAUCUAAUCAAAUAUUCCUUGGCGUGAAGCCAAAGUCUCACUUCCCUUUAACCUAGAAUCCAACCACAUAUUGAAUCUUCAACCUUUAAAGGCAGAGUAAGGGAUUUCUGGUAGCCAAUGUUUAUAUUUGAAAUCGCCAAAACAACCACGCCCCUAACCCAAAAGGGUCUUGCCCCUAUUUUGAUAGCUCCGCCCCACACAUACGUACGCAACCCAGGCAACG